UUAGGUUUUUUUAGAAAUGGCUAAAGAUUGUUCCAGAUAACGAAUACGCAUCAUAUGCGUUUUAGAAAGUCAUCAGCAAAUUACACCUGAUUGAGACAUAACGCGAGUUCUUUAAAAUUCAAUUUAAAUUUAAACUCGUAAAUAUUUAAAUUCGAAGAAAGCGACUAAGAAUGUCGAGUAAGCAGGAAUCAGUGUGACAGAUUGUGUAUAUCACAAUAGACUGUUACGUUUAUUAUUAAUCGCAGAGAUUUAAGCACAUAUAAUGGUAAACAAAUAAUAUAAAUAGAUGCGAGGAUUCAAUAUUAUUGCAGACAGUCAUUGUUGCGCAUAACUGAUUACGCACAAUGUCCUGUCAAAUUAAAGGAAUAGCAACCAUACCAGAUAUAGAUAAUGUUAAAAAAUUACUUUAUGGCAAUGCCAUUAGCAAAUUCGAAUAUGUACCAAGCAGUGAGUUGCCUCUUCAAGACUGUCAUGUGUCCUUGUCAUCGGUCGGAGAUGUGCUUGCAAUGGCUUGGAAUACAAAGAUGAUUAUAUUUGUUUCAAGAUGGGAUUCGCAAGAAUUAGACGAAAUAAAAAAUAAAUUUCAUGUAACGUGGCAUGGAGAAGUAGCAAAGGAGCAAAAUGAAUGGAUAACGUCAGUGAUUUGCUUACCUCUAAUAUCUUUGGGAAAGGCUAGUGGGCCAGAUUGGACAUGUAUAGCUGUUGGAUAUAAUACAGGCUUUGUUAGAUUCUAUACAGAAACAGGUGCAUUGCUUUUUGAAGAGCAGAUUCAUAAUGAAUCAGUCCUAGGAAUAAAAUGCCAUUCAUUCUCAAUACCGAGACAUAUGGGAGAUGCUGGUUGCAGUGAAGAAAUUUAUAUAUCGUAUAAUAGCGGUGUCUGCAUAUUACAAGGAUUUCCAUUAUUUUCAACUUUACGUGCAUGUAGAAAUCACUUGGCUAGAGUUCAAGCCAACUGCAAUGAUUUACCACCAGUUCCAAAUUUGUCAUACAAAAAGUGGGCAUUUAAAAAUCAAGAUAUUGCAAAUGAUUCAGAAGUAAUUGGUACAACGUCGACAAAUAGUUUUGACCAUCUAAUGACAGCUUCGAUUUGCGGCGGAUAUAAUGCAAUGUAUAGAUCUAGCGCGCCACAACACAAUUUGGUUCUUGCAACAGGAAAACGGCCAUUUGUGGGAUUUCAUUAUGCAUUGGAGGGUGGUAAUGCGCCAGUUCUUUCAGAUGUUGCCAUUGCUAUGGCUAGCAAAUUAGCUAAUGCUAUUGGGACUGCUGUUCCAUGGUUUCGUGGUGGUUCGAAGAAUACGACUUCUGAAGCAUCAAAGGGCAACAUUCACGAAUCUGUAGAGACAAUGACCUGUCGGUUCGGUUUAAGUGAUAUUAUGAGAGAAGGUGAUUGCAUUGUCUGCAGUCCAAAUAAAAUGUUAUCGGUAAUAUCGGACGCCAUGGGCAGAGUGUUACUUAUAAAUAACAAGAGGGGCGUAGCUAUCAGGAUGUGGAAAGGAUACCGUGAUGCGCAGUGUGGUUGGAUUGAAGUUACCGAAGAGAGGGAUCGUGGAAUUCACAGGAAUAUCAAUAAAUCCGGGCGAAAAGCCUUAUUGCGCAACGCAUUAUUUCUAGUUAUUUAUGCACCGAAAAAGGGUGUGAUAGAUAUUUGGAAUGUGCAACAGGGCCCAAAGAUUACUACCUUUACUGCUAGUAAAAAUGGCCGACUACUAUACAUUAAUUAUGGCUUUCUGGGUGCAAAUGAUAAUGCUACUUUGUCAAAGAACAAGGCACAGUACUCAUGUGUGUUUAUGGAUCCACUUGGAGGAUUAAAGGAGAUUUGUGUUCCGUUUCAUUUUGCACUUAAUAAUAAAAAUGGAAAACGUGCGCGCGACAUACAUCUACUUAGGAAAUUAAGAACAUAUCUGAGGGAAGAAGAAUUUAAUGAAGAAAAAUUAGUUACCGAAGUUACCAAUACUUGUCUGGGAUUAAAGACAAAUGAAAUUAAAGUGCAGACAAUAGAGGUCUUAAUGAACAGCAAGCACAUUUUGCCAGAUGCUUUGCUUGCUGCAAUAAAUUGUUUUGUGAUAAAAUCAGAAGAAGAAGAAUUAGAACCUACUGCUAAGAUGCUUUAUCAAUUGACAACGCAAUUACAGCAAAUAAUUAUAUUUUAUAAAUAUGUUAAGUCUCAACUUGACAUUCCCCCUGAAUAUAAUAUUGUAACAGCUGGUAAUGCACCAAGUCCUAAAUAUUUAUCUUCGAUAUUACUGACUUCGGAGCGAGAAGUAUAUCGUAUUAUUAAAUUGGCCAAGAUGAUAAACAGCUUUAAGGAUAGUAAUGUUUCAGUAGAAACUAAAGUUAAAUUUAAGGAGGACGAAAAAAUGUUUUUCGAUUUUCUAUCGUGCUUUGAAUUCGGAACGUCAAGAUUAGUUGGGCUACGAAAAGAUCUAAAGGAGGAAAAAAUAAACGACAUUUCGCGGUUAAUAUAUCAAGGAUGGAUGUACUCGAAUGAUGUAAAAGAGAAAUGGCAACAAGCUGCUAAGGACAGUAAUAUUCUGCCAUUUAAUUUCAUGGAACUGGCAUUAAUAUAUUGGACACAUAAAGAGGAAGCUGUAUCUUUAGAAAUCGAGCUAAAACGCUUUACGCAGCUUCUGCAUGUUAUUUGUUUAUUAACUGACAUAGAAGAUAUAUGUGUUGAAUAUAAUGAAGUUUCUCUCUGGUGGAAAAACGUACGGACAAUUCUAACAGAAUCUACAAAACCUUUUAACGCACUUACUGCUGCAUUAUCAUGCAGAGCGAUUGCUAUGAUUCUGGAAAAGUAUAAAGAGAAAUUACAGACUCAGAAAUUGUUAGAGACUAAUGGCAACGAAGGUGAAGACGUUAAAAAUAUAAAUAACGUGACCAACAUAGAUGAAACGGAAAAUAAACCGAGUGACAUUACACCAGAUGAUGAAACAUACAGUUCAAUAAGCGAAUGGGAAAAUGUUAGCAACGACACUUGUCAAUUCACAUUGUUGAUUGGUAAUCUUGAAGAUAUUACCAUUUUGAAUGCUGUUAUUAGUCAACAAGUUAUACCAGACGAAACGACACAAUUUUACACUUUACCAUUUACAAAAAUUGAUGUUUCUUUAGCAUCGAUUCUUUCCAAAGGAAAAGGUUCUGUAUCUGAAUUGGUUGCAAAAUGGCUUAGUACAACAGGUAUCGACCCAGCACGAUUAAUCGAUACCACUGAUGUGGAAUUCGAUCAGUUGCAAUUAUCGAUAGAUCCUUUACAAAUGACUGAUUCGUUGGAUGAAGCAACUGCCAUUGAAGUACCUCAACAGGAACAACCGAAACUUCUUUCAUUAUCAGUAGAAAUUGGAGAUGAGGCAAAAACUAAUAUGACAGCGGAAGCAUAUAUCUUAGACAAGAUGAUUCUACUUAAACGCCACUUUCCGUACAGUUUAACGAGCAGUGUCUUGUUGGCCAAUUUAUGCUGGGAGUUUGCCAUGUCGUGGAAUAAAGAUGUUACUCAAUUAGACUUACUUGCAGCUGCUUUGGCUGUUUUGCGACAAAUACCUAUGAAAAAUAUGAAACACGGAGUUUGUUGUCUACUAUGGACGCUUUAUAUAAAGAAAAGAAUGGAGGCGGCGGCGAAGCUGAUGAACAAACUCGGAAAAUUGCCAAAGGAGAGAUUGUGUAUGCAAGACAUUGGUUUAUCCGACAUUCAAUUGACAACGUUUUUACAGCAUUGUGUCACUUUUUUGGAUAUAUUUGUUGAUGAUGAGGUACUUGAACGAGGAGAUAGAACAACGAUAAGGUCGGAAGAAUUGUGGGAUGGACAUCCUGGUGGACCACAACCUUUUGCCACACUAGCCAUUUCUCAAACGCCAGCUUGGUAUGACUUAGUCUUGUUACACGUACAAGUGGCUAAUGUUCUAUACAUGAUGGCGUGUCUUAAUUUGAAAAUGCUAAAGCCACUGAAUAACUUGUUCGAGACUGUAGUACAGCCCUAUUUCUUUCAAGACAUAACGGAUAAAGCGAUGCUCACGUGGUACCGAGACGACAAGAGAGAUAAUACGCGUACGGAAUUUUUGUGCAGAGUAAUUACAGCGUCGAUGGAAUUUAUUCAUCGCGAGACUACCGACGGGGUGACGAUUAGUUCGUCACAGGCUAUUUCGUGGAUGAGCAAAUGUCAGGCGUUGGCGUCAAUCUGGAAGAUUAAUAAUGAUGAAUUGAGAAUACACCAAGCCUGUCAGUUGUACAUAAACGGAUUCGAUCGUUUGGCGGAAGAGGUAACUGUAGCAGUGACCGAUAUCGAACGUUUGGCUUCAAACUUAUUGCCUAUAGCUGGAAGAAGAAUGAUGGCGUAUCUCUCGAAAACACCAAAUCUCUUGGAAGAAAUGUCACGAAUGAGUCCAGCGCUUACGAGAUAUUUGGAGAAUCUGAACGUACCUGAAAUAGUCUGUACGAAUUGCUCGAAUGUCGACACCGUGGAACUGAUUCGACGAAUAUCUGUGCAUUUACCUAAAACUCACUGUGAUUAUCAUAUUGCGCAAUUGAUGUUGGACGCGACAUUCAUUUAUGAGGGUAACAAUUAGCUUCUGAUUUUUUUAUAAACUAUGUCCUGUGAUACUAUGAAGCAUGAAGCCGUCGUGUACGAGUUUUAUCACAAACUAUAUAAUUUGUAUAUAACGAAUACAACGAGACACGACAAUAGUCAAUGAAAGUCAAUGUCAAUCUAUCAAUGGAAAGACACGAUACGCCAUUAUCGUGUAUAAUAAUAAAAAGAGAGAUAAAAUAUUAAGCUGCAAAGUCAUAAGAGUAAGUAAAGUAAUAUAAAACUAUUACACUCUUCAGGACAUUAUGGACAAUUUAAUCAAGCGGAAUUAUAAUCUUACAAUAUUCGUUAUCUUUGAAUCGCACUAUGUGUAUAUUUGUACAUAUAAUAUUUCCCUGUUAUUGCGCUGCUCUAUCACAGGACAUUAAUUGUUCUUGUUCUAAAAAAGGCAUAAUAAUUUAUGUGGCAUUUUUGGGGAAAAAUGGAGAUUAGAACGUAUCAAUUUAUUUAUCAAGUUUUUAAAAAUCUGAUUA